UUCAAGAAAAGGUCUUCACUUUAAAAUCUCUAAAACAAGACAGAAACUUAUUCAUUUUAAAUAAAUCAAUCUUCAAGUGAUAGCUGAAAUGUAAGCGCAACUUAAUAAUUCUCUUAGCUAAGGAAAACAGUCUGUAUAAAUGUGAAAUUAUAUGCCGAGUUUGCAAGUUGUAAUGUGCAAGUUGUAAUCGGUGUACGUAUGUGUACAGUGUGGUAGUUUCGCUGGUUACACUGUACUCUAAGUAGCUUGCGUAAAUAACAAUCGACAGUACACCAGUGAAUUGCUGCAAAAUGGAAACAACAAUACACGAAAGAGAUCGUCGUAAAAUUAUGACCAUGAUAGUUUCGAUUAUUUCUAGCGAUUCUUGACAACUCACCAGAAGAAAUGUUUAAUCAAUGUGAAUGUGUGAAUGUAUAGAAUGAAUUCAAUCAAGCUGUUCAGUGACUUGGACAAGAACAAUGAUCUCUGACAAUAAAAAAGAGCUCCAUGAAGCGGACAAACUUUUCAAAAAGCUUAUCGCUCCCGGCUUAAGAAGCUUCCGUCUGGAUUCUCAUGUACACCAGCAUUAUGGCCCUCUCAAGAUUGACCCAGUGCUCUUACCGUUUCGGUCAAGCACAGGCCAUGGGACGUUACAAGCCUCUAAGACUCCCCAUAGUACCUCUAGAAGUGGGAGGACACCUCUUGCAACAGAGAUAAUGUUCGAUGAGUCGUUUCCGAAGAUCGGUGGCCAAGCGUCCAGCAGUGCGGUUGAAUUUGGAGAUGGUUUUUAUGCUGCAUCAGGUUUGAGAGGCCAACAGCACAGAAUGGAUACAUCUCUGUCAUCAGCAAGCUGCACUGCAAGCGUGCCAUGGACGUUCUAUUCUACAACUAAGAUGAAGCAGCUGCCUCUUCCCCAGGUACAAAGUUCUGAGGUCCUUGGGUCUACAACCUCCAACCCAAGAGGAAAGAAGAAUGUUAGUGUCUGUUCUGACCGAUAUCUUGGGACGUCCAGGGUGGGGCAGCAACAGCUACACAGAAGAAGCAGGUCAGCUGCAGAUGUCCUCCAUCCAAUGUCUAGCAACGCGUCUUCAAAUGAUCAAGUGCGGAGGUUUGAGGAAGAAAGGAUAGCUCUGCUUCAAACCAAAUCACUUCGGAAAUCAACAGAGGUAAUGGCACACCGUAAAGACAGGAAGUAUCACAUGUGUGGUUCCGGCCUCCCUUUAUUCAAUCGUUACUUGGUUGAUAGUGAAGAGAUGGAUCGACUCAGACAACUCACCAAAGCCAGGUCAACCAAGAGAGGAAGUUCACCAGUGAGCUACUAUGGUGGAUUUGGAGGAAGGAUCAACAGUGGUCAUUAUACCCGGCAGCAGAAGAAAAUAUCGUCGCCAACACAAGAGCAGAAUGAUGAUAGCCAAGGUAACUACACAUCUCAGAUCACCACAGAAACAAAUGAAAAUGAAGGUGAUGUUGCUAUAGCAAUACCAAUAUCAACAAAUGAUAUUGAUAGGUUGGAAGGGAUGGUAGCUCAGUUAGAAGACAAUAACUCUGAGCAUAAGGAUCAAAAUAACACAGAAGACAAAGGCUCGGAAACAUGCAACGACGACAGACCAGAUGUCCUGCCGUCAAUAGAGGGCGCUGUUCCAUCACUUGAUGAUGAUGUCAUACCUAGCUCAGAAAUAGAGCCAGUGCAGAACCAGAACGACGACGCUCAACAUGUGGAGGAAAACAUUACAGUCGAAGAAGAAAAACCGGGACUUGAUAAAGAAGAUGAGGAAGUGAAAACAGAUGAAGAACCUGUUGGUCAAGAAAAUGAAGAAGAAACUGGAGAGACAAGGGAAGUUGAAAACAUGAUGCCAAAUGUCAAGAUUUCGCGGAUUCUGAAAAAGAAGCCUUUAAAUGGAAAAGAUGCCUUCUUGACAGAAUUUAACCCAGCGGCGGGAGAUACCGAUAUCGAGGAUAUGUUUGGUAACUUUAAGGACGACAGCUCAAGCGCAAAUCCCCCGCCAGCUGCAGACUCGGCUCUGAACCCCGAGGACAACGACACAACCCACAUGACGGCCGAAGAAGCUCUGACAAAAAUGCUCAUCAGUGAUGAUCAGAUCGCAGCAAUGGAAGACGACCUCAAGAAGAUCAACCUUCUUAAAGGAGGGAUGGAGAAGGUCGGACAUCUUGAGGAGUCUAGGCAGGACCUGGAGGAGUUGAAGACCGAUAGCGUCAGCGAGACGGCGGAUUAUGGAGAGGACGUGUUCGGGAAAGUCAGGAGCGAUGAAGAAUUGAAGGAGAUUGAGAGAAGGAGAGAGAAGAAACAGGAAGAGAGGAGAGCUAAGUCAGCCAAGAAGGCGGAGGAAACUAUUGUAUCAUCCGCUAAGGUGUCUCAAGCAAAGUCUAAGAUGGCCGAAAUCUACAACUUCAUCAGCAGUGGACAGCAGGAAGUGUUUGAGAAGAAGUUUGAGGAUUUUGACACCGAUGGAAACGGUGUGAUCUCGCUGCAGGAACUCUUCAGUAGGAUGUAUAGAGGCAAAGACAAAGAGACUGCACGGACCUUCAUGCAGGUAUUUGACCUGAACAAGGACAAGACGAUAGAGCAGCGUGAGUUUGUGAUCGUAGCUGCUCUGAACGACAAGCUGACAGGCAGAGUGACUGAUUCACUAGACGCUCCACUAGAGCUAGAUCUGGAGAUGUUGGCUCAACACAUCACUGCAUACAAGGAGUUAUUUGAGGUGACUGAUCAGGACGCAGAUGGCCGUUUAACUCUUGAAGACAUCAUGCUGAGCAUCGCACUCUCGGGUAACAUCGAGAGUGGAACCGAUCCCGAGGUUGUCAAACAUGUCCAUAACACCAUUGAUGCUGACGAUAGCGGUACCGUUGACUUUAUGGAAUUCCUGACUUAUAUACCAUUCUUCCUGAAACUGCAUAAGAGGAUGGUACAGAGUCGACAUAUUACUAUUGCGGAGGUUGAGACGGCAAGAAAGGCUGUGAAGAAAGCUGUGCUUAAGAUUAAGAGCAGUAGUAAUCAGACGAUGAUUGCAUUCUGAAUUGGGAUGUCCAUCUGUAGAUGGGUAACUUACAUGGCAUUGACAAUGUUAUGACAUCAUUCUCAAUUGGGAUGGACAUCCUUGAAAAGGGAUCUUCCAAUGCAACGACAAUGUCAUGACAUCAUUCCAAGUUGGAAAAGGGGCAACUUUGACGGUGUUGUUGUCAUGGCAGCAUUCUAGAAGGGACGUACAUUUACGUCAAAAAACGUGUA